UGACGUACAGGUCCUCUCAAAUGCUAUUUGCAAUGAUUCGCAAAUAUAUAGCUAUAUGAAUGUGUUUACACAGUACUCCUCGCACCCUGCAGUAAAUCUCAAGACAUAUAGCAUUCCAAUUCUUCACAAUGACCAAAAUCUUCAUCACGGGAGCCACCGGCUACAUUGGCGGCGACACGCUGUACGAGCUGUACAACAAGUACCCAGACUACGAAUACACGGCCCUCGUCCGCACAGAAGAGAAGGGAAAGCAGGUCACAUCGAAAUUCCCGAAGGUGCGGAUUGUGCAAGGCGACAAUGACUCCACCGAUCUGCUGAAGGAAGAAAGUGCGAAGGCAAACAUUGUAAUCCAUACAGCAGACGCCUCGGACAACGUCAAUGCCGCCAACGCCAUCGCCGCCGGCCUAACCUCCGGGCACUCCUCCUCUAACCCGGGCUACUGGCUGCACACCGGCGGCACCGGCAUUCUGACGUACUUCGACUCUCGCGACGGCAAGCUCGGCGAGAACUCGGACAAGGUCUUCAACGACCUCGAAGGUGUCGACGAGCUCAUCAGCCUGCCCAGCGAAGCCUUCCACAGGAACAUCGAUGAAAUCGUGAUUAACUGCGGGAGGAACGAGGGGGACAAGGUGAAGACGGCGGUCGUGUGUCCGCCGACGAUAUACGGCGAGGGACGCGGCCCCUCGCUCACCCGUGGCCGCCAAGUCUACGAGCUCGCCAAACUGACCCUCCAGCGCGGCAAGGGGCCCACCAUCGGCCACGGCAAAGCCCGCUGGAACAACGUCCACGUGCACGAUCUCGCGCGGGCCUUUGUGCUGCUCGUCGACGCCGCGGUGGCGGGCAGGACGGAUGACGGCCUCUGGGGCGAACAGGGGUACUACUUCACCGAGAACGGGGAGCACUACUGGGCUGAGCUGAGUGCGCGCAUCGCCGAGUCGGCGAAGAAGCAGGGUUUCAUCCAGUCGGCGGAGACGGAGGCGCUGGAUGAAGAGACGGCGAAGAAGGUCGCUGGGUUUGAGAGUAUUAGCUGGGGUUUGAACUCGCGGGGGGAGGCGAGGCGGUUGAAGAAGUUGCUGGGGUGGAAGCCCGUCGAGAGGAGCAUUGAGGAUGAGGUGGACACCAUUGUUCAGAACGAGCAUGACAGGCUGCAGAAGGAGUGAGAGUGGGGUGGUGGGUGUAGAUAUGUAGGUGCUAUCUAGGAUGAACAAGCUACUCGAC